AGGGACGGUGUUGAGGGGCGGCGGCGCCAUGUGUUCCGCGGACACGCUCAGCGUCCUGCGCAGCGACUCUUACGUUGACCUCAGCCAGUACCGGGACCAGCACUUCCGGGGGACGCGGUAUGACCAGGAGCGGCUGCUGAGGAAGAGCUGCACGCUGUACGUGGGGAACCUCUCCUUCUACACCACGGAGGAGCAGAUCCAUGAGCUCUUCGGUAAGAGCGGUGACAUCAAGAAGGUCAUCAUGGGGCUGGACAAAGUGAAGAAAACUCCCUGCGGUUUCUGCUUCGUGGAGUAUUAUGCAAGAGGAGAUGCUGAAAAUGCAAUGCGAUACAUCAAUGGAACCAGACUUGAUGACAGGAUCAUAAGGACAGACUGGGAUGCAGGAUUUAAGGAGGGUAGACAGUAUGGUCGUGGAAGAUCAGGGGGCCAGGUCCGAGAUGAAUAUCGGCAAGACUAUGAUGCUGGAAGAGGUGGCUAUGGCAAAAAUGUUCAGUGCCAGUGAAUAGUGAAUGACUCUUCAGCCUCACAGAAGUAGAUUUGUAUUGUAAAUGUCACCAGGCACAAAGUAGGUCUGCUGCACACCAAUUUAUGUAGCUAGAAAUUCACAGAAACUACUACCUGUGAUCUUGUGAUUGCGUACGUUCAGUAUCUCUUUUGUUUUAAUAUCGGGAUCCAAAGCAUUGCAGAGUACGUUAAUACAGAGGACCUGGGAGUGAGGUUUUAAGCAAUAAUAUGGGUGAGGCUUUGAUGUUUAAACGCUGCUGUAACUUUACUAAAGGAACAAAGUCUUAAUGGUAUGGUGCUUUUUUUCUUUUUCACUGUCAAAACUUGAUUAUUCUGUCACUGGGAUUUGUUUACAUUGGUAUCACAGGGUGGAAAAUGGCAAUAAAGGAGGGUUGGGGAAUGUGUCAGAGAUGAAAGAAAAAGGCAGAAAGCCCAGAAAAACAAGUGGAAUUUCUAGGGAAAAUUUCAAUUUCUAGGGAAGACUUAAAACUGCAGAUUUUCUGGUUUUACUGGAUUAGCAUCCUUUCACACUGAGGCUGUUCCUAGCACACCUACAUGAAUGGCCACAAUAAACCAAGUCAGAUUGUGAGCCCAGGAAUCAUAAAGUAAGAAGCAAACCUAGCAGAAAACAGCCAUGCCCUCUUCUACAGAGCGUCAUGUAAUUGCGUGAAACUGCGUGAUACAGAACCAUUUUGCUUUGUGGGAUGCCGAGAGUGUAAGAAUUACAGUUGCAGUUAUUUUCACGGUUGGUAAUAUUUUGCUCCUGUCUGGCAGCUCUCUACAGCCUCAAUAUCUGAUGAACAGUAUCUUUCCUGUGCCUAAAAAAGUGGCAUGAAGCCACAUUGUACAGUUGCCCCCAAAAUGGGAUGUUUGAGGAACUGUAUGUAUAAUGAGAAAGUUUGUUUUCAAAAUAGAUUUUCUAGUUGAGAAACUGCAGUACAAACAAAGGUAAAAAUAAAGAAGGAUGAGUUUGAGGAAGAGCUUUACUUUCUACUGAGCAUGUGGUAAGAAUGGUGAAAGAAUGCAGGACUGCAUAGAUUUAUUUUGGUUUUUCCUUCUUCCUCUGAGUCCUGUUAAUGCUGCUACUUUGUAUGAUGGGAUUUUGAGGUACUGCAGGUACAGGAAUAAAAAUAACUAGUGAUCCCAAGAUCUGUGAAAUUGACCUACUAAAGCAAAAUAGUUUAAAAGGAACUGUUACAGGGUUUGGGAUUAUUGGUUCGAUUUGGUUGGUUUGCUUAUUUUAUGGACUUCUGAGUUCUUUGGAAAUUGCAGUUUACAGAGUUUCGUCCACAUAUCUUGUUCAUGACUCCUUAAAAAAAAACUUCAAAAUACCAGGUAUGUAAAAGUUGAUCUUUACUCACUGAAGAUAUUGUUGGAAAUCUUGAUCAGUUUCCUGUGAACAGUUAGUCACAACUGCUCCUCUAAAUUCAAAAUACAAUGAGGAAGAGCAACUGCAAUGAGACUUUGCUUUCUUAGGAAGCAAGGUUGUGGGUGGGCUUUGGGCUUGCUUGGCACAUGGAUUAAAACUACAUUUUCAGGAUCAUUUGGUGCUGGUCUGUAAACAAGACUUUGAAUACAGUUACCUUUUUCUAUAUAGUACAUUUGAUCAUGAGUUUACAGCUUACAAUCUGCUCUAGGGAACCUCUGAAGUUUAUUUUUCAUUAUAUCAGUUUUGUAUUAAAAAAAUGUAUUACCAAAACUUUUAAGUCGCUGUCAAAUAAAGCUGCAAAUUUAAAAUGGA